CACCCCUCUCCUCCGCGCGGGCGCGGCGAGUGGCGGGUCCCGAGGUCGCAGUUUCCGCUGGCUGGUGGCUGAGCUGGUUCCCUCCAACCUUGGUCGUGGGGUUGUUGUCGGCAGCGGGGUCGCAGCAAUCAUGGUGAACUUACUUAUAGUUGUGCGUGACCACUGGGUUCAUAUACUUGUCCCUAUGGGAUUUGUCAUUGGAUGUUAUCUAGACAGAAAGAAUGAUGAAAAGCUAACUGCCUUCCGGAACAAGAGUAUGUUAUUUAAAAGGGAAUUGAGACCCAAUGAAGAAGUUACCUGGAAGUAAAAACUGGCUGAAUUACAGAAUGUUCACAUUUUAAAAGUUAUAAAAGAAAUAAAAACAUGUUUAUUAUUUAAAAAUUUGAA